CUGCCUGUCAGAGUCGCAAGAGGAGGAGCCCAGGCCUUGCCUGCUCGGUGUGCCUUCAGCAGCCUUUGCAUAUGGAGAAGUGCUGGUUCAUCGAUUGCCAUUGCCACCUCACAGCCGAGGAGUUCAGGCAGGACAUAAAUGAUGUGAUUGAAAAAUCAAAAAAGGCUGGAGUUCGAGCCUGUGUUUCCGUUACAGAGCAGCAAAGUGAAUUUGAGGAGGUUAUUGAUCUAGCAGAAAGGUAUCCAGAGUCUGUCAUGGCAUGUUUUGGGAUUCAUCCGAUUCAGAGCAGUGCAAAUGGACAUCGCAGUGUUACUGUUCAGCUCUUCAAGUCUUUGGGGCAGAAAUCUGCCAUGGUAGCAGUUGUGUCUACAGCUGUCACAUGGGACUUGGAACCUGCCCUUCCAUUCUUUGAGAAGCACAAAGAUAAGCUGGUGGCUAUUGGAGAGAUUGGUCUAGACUUCACUCCAUGGUUUGUGUCCACAUCCCAGCAACGUGAGGAGCAGCAGAAGGUGUUUGCGUUACAGCUGGAUAUAGCUAAACAACUGGACCUGCCAGUAAACGUGCAUUCUCGUUCGGCUGGGAGACAAACUAUUGCUUUUCUUAAGGAGCAAGGUAUUUGGAACGCACUGCUUCAUAACUUUGCUGGCAGGCCCUCUGUUGCCCUGGAAGGAGUACAAGCUGGCUUUUGUUUUUCUUUUCCUCCAGCUGUCACAAGGAAUGAUCAGCGAGCAAAGUUAAUAAGACAAAUUCCUCUAGAGAACAUUUGCUUGGAGACCGACUCACCCUCUCUUGGCCCAAAGAAAGAGGUACAGAGAGAAAUGAACCAGAGAAGAUCAGGAUUGCUUGUCAGUACAUUGCUGCAGUGAAAGAAGUAUCAGUAGAAACAGUCUGUGAAGUAACAACAUGUAAUGCCCUGAAGCUGUUCCCCAAAGUUCACCAGCGGUUGAAAGAAUGAACACUUGCCAAACAACAAUAAAAAGAGGGCAUCUGAAACACAGCUCUGCUCUGUAGUUUGUGGUUUGGGGCUUUAUUUUAUAUAUAUAUAUAUAUAUAAUAUAAUAUUUUUACAGUGUACAUAUACAUAUUUCAUGCUAUGUGGAAUUUUUGUAUUACCAAAAUGACAUCUUAAAGAAUAAAAGCCCAAUAAAGUUUUACCUAUUGUA